AUGGACUCAAAAGAUGCAGAAGAGCAGCUAAUUGAAUCGACAGAUCUGUCGAAUCGGUUACAUAUUACCAAUACGCCUCUCCCAAGGGACAUUUUCAAAAAUAAAAUCUUGUAUGACCUGCAAUUCCGGAAACGUUUCUACUGCGGCACUCUGCUGGUUCUGGCACUAUGGCUUGGAAUUACAUCAUGGAUUGCUUCGAUUGAUGUACCUGGCGCAAUAGUUUUUGGCUUCUUUUCCGGCAUUUUUUUGCCUUUUCUGAUUCCCAUUUAUAUGCAAACCACAAACAUGGGUUGGGAUGAUAGGAGUGUGCGCAGCUUUAUGAUAGAGAUCAUUAAAGUCAGUCCUGGGGACAACAUGGCUAAAUGGGAUGCGAUCGCUGCCGAAAUGAAUCCGGUUUUCCACGCGAACAGUCGGUGGGCUACGCCAUAUUUUUUUUACGAUGGUCAAUGCUGCCAGUCACGGUUUACUAACCGCUUUGUGCUGCCCUACUUGAAAGAACAGAAAAAUUUCUCUCCGGUAGUUGUGCCAUUUGUCAAGGCCGCUGUGGACAAGUACAUGGAGCACUUCAACGCACAAUUGCAGCAAAUGACUAUGGGCAGCUCUACCGACUAG